AUGGACGACAGUGCGUUAUUUCUUGCCCUUGAGAAAAUGUUAGACGACGAAAGCGGGGAUCCAAUCGCCCUCCCAUUCUCAUUUUUGAAGGCCAUCACAGGCAAUUUCUCUGAAAAUCAAUUGAUCGGCAGCGGUGGCUUUGGAGCCGUUUACAAGGGAACCCUUCAAAAUGGGAUAGUCGCCGUAAAGAAGCUUCAUGAGAAUAUUGACAUUCUGGAGAAGAACUUCAAAAGUGAGGUUGAUUGUCUCAUUCAGGUCAAGCACGAAAACAUAGUACAAUUUUUAGGGUACAGUUCGGAGACGCAACACGUAAGGGCACGAUAUGAAGGAAAUUAUGUCUGGGCAGACAUGCGGCGAAGGUUGUUUUGCUUUGAAUACCUAAGUAACGGGAACCUUGCUAACUAUCUCACUGCAGGGUCCGAAGGACAAGAUCUCACACGAUCAAGGCUGAGCACAUGGGAAUUUACUAGGUUUAGGCCCCCUGUUACGUUAAGUCCUGUGUUAAUUCAGAAUGAGCGGCUCGAUGUCCAUCCUCUCAAGCUUUGCUUUCUCUUCGAGGCCAAAAAGCUUAUCCAGUGCUCACUGAGCUUAAUUAACAGGACGGAUGGUUAUGUGGCCUACUGGAUUAUACCGCAGUUCCCAGAUAUGUAUAGUCAUUUCGACCAACCCUACAUUUUGUGCCCAUUGUCCACUUUGAUUGUCCAUGUGACAAUGUUAGAGCAACAAUGGCCGCCAGUGGACGCGGGCGUGCUUAAGAUACUGAUGUUCGCCAUGUGUAGCGAGAGCGUUCUUAAAGAUCUCAUCUCUUCCAUUGGCAAGGACCCCAAAAAUUUUGAUGAUGAUUUAUUCAAGCAUGUGUCAGAUUUGGGUGGCGAGGUGUAUGCCGCAAAUGUGACUACUAUUGUGGCCUGUCCCUUGAGAGUUAAUUGCCAGCUGUCGUCUGCCCCCAAGAUCGUGUGGAAGAAGCGAUUUGUGCACAUGGGAGACAUAGAUGCGCAUCCAACAACACAGCCCUGGAUUUUGGUGGGUCAUAAAAAUUAUGUUUCCAUAUGGGACUACGAGAGCAAGUUUUAUCUGCUAGACCAAAAGGACCUUAGGGCAGCCACAAUGUUGCCAAAAGUGGUCCAUAAGCCCCCUAAGGUGGUCACUAUACACUAUGAGCCAACUUGUAAAGCAGCCCAUAAGGAUGUUACAGCUAAAGUGGCCUACUCAGGCAACAAUGAGGUGGGGAUAGAGGAGUGGUGGCAGCGUCGCCUUGCUGGAGUGAUGUACGGAAAAAGGUAUUCAAUGAUAGGUUCAUGGAGCCCUACACUCACAAAUGAGCACAACCAAGUAGCUCGUUCGCAGAAGCUCAAAUAA